AUGGAGAAAAAGAAAGACUUUUCUACAGCUAUUCUAGAGAGAAAGAAGGCCCCUAAUAAGCUUACUGUUGAAGAAGCCAAAAACGAUGAUAACUCAGUCAUUGAGAUGACUCAAGCAAAGAUGGAUGAGUUAAAGAUCUUUAAAGGAGAUACUGUUUUGAUCAAGGGUAAAAAGAGAAGAGAUACUGUCUGUAUUGCUCUUGCUACUGAAGAUGGUGAUGAUCUUGACAACAUGAAAAUUAGAAUGAAUAAAGUAGUCAGAAGAAAUCUUAGAGUUAGAUUAGGAGAUGUAAUCUCAGUACACCCAUGCCCAGAUAUCCCUAAUGGAAACAGAGUUCACAUUCUACCCAUUGAUGACACUAUUGAGGGAAUCACUGGAAAUCUUACCUAAACUUAUUUGAUCCCAUACUUCAAGGAUUGCUACAGACCAGUAAGAAAGGGUGAUACAUUCCUUGUCAGAGGAGGAUUCAAGGCAGUUGAGUUCAAGGUAGUAGAAGUUGAUCCUGGUGAAUAUUGUAUUGUGUCACCAAACACUAUGCUCUUUGAUGAGGGUGAGCCCAUUAAGAGAGAAGAUGAAGAACAACUCGACGGAGUUGGAUAUGAUGAUAUUGGUGGUUGCAGAAAGCAAAUGGCUUCAAUUAGAGAAAUGAUUGAGUUGCCACUUAGACAUCCUCAAUUAUUCAAAACUCUUGGAGUCAAGCCACCUAGAGGAGUCUUGCUUUUUGGACCUCCAGGUUCAGGUAAGACCCUUAUUGCUAGAGCCAUUGCCAAUGAGACUGGAGCUUUCUUCUUCCUUCUCAAUGGUCCUGAGAUCAUGUCAAAGAUGGCUGGUGAGGCUGAAGCAAAUUUAAGAAAGGCAUUUGAAGAAGCUGAGAAAAACUCCCCAGCUAUUAUUUUCAUUGAUGAGCUCGAUUCCAUUGCUCCAAAGAGAGAUAAAACUCAAGGUGAAGUUGAAAAGAGAGUCGUUGCCUAACUCCUUACUCUUAUGGAUGGACUUAAGGGAAGAGGACAUGUCGUCGUCAUUGCUGCUACAAACAGACCAAAUGCUCUUGACCAGGCUUUGAGAAGAUUUGGAAGAUUCGAUAGAGAAAUCGAUAUUGGAGUACCAGAUGAAGUAGGUAGAAUGGAAGUAUUGAGAAUUCACACUAAAAACAUGAAACUUUCAGAGGAUGUAGAUCUCGCUGAAAUCGCAAAAUCAACUCAUGGUUAUGUAGGUUCUGAUCUCGCUGCUCUCUGUACUGAGGCUGCCCUCUAAUGUAUCAGAGAAAAGAUGGACUUGAUUGAUAUUGAAGAUGAGACUAUUGAUGCUGAGAUUCUAGACGCUAUGGCUGUUACUAAUGAGCAUUUCAGAUUCGCUCAAGGCCAAACUAACCCAUCAAGUCUUAGAGAGACAGUUGUAGAAAUUCCAGAUGUUACUUGGGAUGAUAUUGGAGGUCUUGAAGAUGUGAAGAAGAACUUAUAAGAAAUGAUCCUCUAUCCAAUUGAACACCCAGAUAAAUUCCAUAAAUUCGGAAUGUAACCAUCAAAGGGAGUACUUUUCUAUGGUCCACCAGGUUGUGGUAAGACACUACUCGCUAAAGCUGUUGCUCAUGAGUGCUCAUCAAACUUCAUCAGUAUCAAGGGACCAGAGCUCUUGACUAUGUGGUUCGGAGAGUCAGAAGCUAAUGUAAGAGAAGUUUUCGAUAAGGCCAGAGGUGCUGCUCCUUGCGUUCUCUUCUUCGAUGAGCUUGAUUCAGUAGGUCAAGCCAGAGGAGGAUCAUCUGGAGAUGGUGGUGGUGCUGGUGAUAGAGUACUCAAUCAACUCCUGACUGAAAUGGACGGAGUAGGUGCCAAGAAGAAUCUCUUCUUUAUUGGAGCUACCAACAGACCAGACACCCUUGAUGAGGCCUUGAUUAGACCUGGUCGUCUAGAUCAACUUAUCUAUAUUCCACUCCCAGACAAGCCAUCAAGAGUCAAUGUAUUCAAAUCUGUCUUGAGAAAGAGUCCUGUCCAUCCAAACGUUAGUAUUGAUUUCCUUGCUGAAUUAACAGAGGAUUUCACUGGUGCAGAUCUCACUGAGCUUUGCCAAAGAGCUACAAAGGCUGCUAUCAGAGAAUCUAUUGAAGCAGACGAACAAAGAAAAGCUUUGAUGAGAGAAAACCCAGAUGGUGAUUAACAAAUGGCCGAUAUGGAAGAUCCAGUUCCAGUUAUCACCCGUAAACAUUUUGAAGAAGCUCUAGCUCAUGCUAGAAAAUCAGUUAAAAAGGCUGAUUUGGACAGAUACGUACAGUUCCAAAGAUUGUACGACCCAGCAUUCGCUGCUAAACAAGACGGUAAAAGUGCAAAUAAGAUUAACUGGCCAGAGACCAGCUAGUCUUAAUUCCAAAACCAAUAGGCUGAUGAUGAUGAUCUCUACUCUUGA